AUGAUGUUCACCGUCAUAGUUACCUUUUGCGUAUUCUGUGCAACGAGAAAGACGAGAGAGGCGUUGAUGAGCGAACCUAUGCCGAAGAGUGUUCAAAAUCCACAGCUAAACGCGCCACAAAAACCACAAUCCAAAGAACAACAACAGCCGUCACAGGAGAAAACAGCACUACCCAAAACCGAACCUGCUCAACCGAACGCAGCAGAACCCAAAACCGAACCUGCUCAACCGAAAGCGGCAGAACCCAAAACCGAACCUGCUCAAGGGAAAGCGGCAGAACCCAAAACAGAACCUGGUCAACCGAAAUCGGCAGAACUCAAAGGGAAAUCUGCUCAACAGAACACAGGCUUCUUCAAGAAGAGUGGUGAAAACUUGAAGACGCCUGCAGCAGGAGAUCAGGUUUGGUUCAUUGUUAAGUAUAAAUGA